AUGUGGGUCGGCACCACCGUAGAUGUCGUCCUUGUAGUAGAUGGUCUUGGUGUGAGAACGGUGAAUUCGCAAUCCCAUCAGAUUUCCAAGACGCGGGAGUAUCACUUUGAAAGUUGGGCGGAAUCCAUCUUCCUUCAAUCCCUGGAUGACCGUGUAGAGGUGUUUGAGAAUGGUGUUGUCGAAUUGAGGCGAGAUGCUACCGUUGUUGGCGCUGAUCAUGCUUUGACCGAGACUGGAUGCGGAUGUCGAGAGGUUGGUGUCGAUGGCGACGAGUAUGACGAUGACGAUGGCGAGGGAAGUGGCGAUGUUGAUGAGAGCAAGUUUUGUUUGCUACCGGAUGAUGAUGAUCCGAGCUUGUGGAAUGCACUUGCCAGGGAGAGAGGAUUGGUGGGUGGAGGUGGUUGUCCGAUGGGCGACGACAUUGCCGACGACGUAUUGGAGAGCGGCGAUGUAGGUAGUGAUGACGAAGAGCUUGAGAGUGUCGGAGAGUUCAAACUGCUGUUCAAACUCAGACUUGUAAAUGAAGGCGAUGAGAGUGUUGGUGUGUUUGGUGCCGAUGAAUUCAUUAAAUGUAUUUGUGAGAGAUUCAACGAAGUAGGUGUAUUUUUAAUGAAGUUAUUUGAUUGUUGA